CCUUGCGUUCAAGGUGGGGUAUCUGUUACGGCGUUGGUGAUUUUGACAACCAACUAUUUCAUGGAUAAUGAACUGAGCGGAAUACACCAGAUGAAUUGCGUUUGUCUCUGUUUAGGAGUUGCUUAUAAUGUUUAUGAUACGUUAAUAAUAAGGCGGAAAUUCAGAAACCCCGACCUCCGAUUCUGGAAAAAUAAUGAAAGAAUUAUGCUCAGAGUCGUGUGGGAAUCUUGUGCCCCGAGCUCAUGCUAAUUCCGUGCUGGACAUGAAUGCUAGUUCCACAUUCAGCCACUUGUUGUAUUUUGCCUCGUCUGGUAGCUAAUGCACCACACUGCGACUGUCUACUUAGCUGAAAAGUUAGUUUGUCCAACAACUCCACGACAAAAUGUUGUGUGUCACGAAAGCCACAGAAGCAAAAGAAGUUGUUCCAGAGCUGCCACAUGACGACUUCUGCUGAGUGGUUUAUGCAGAGAGAUAGAGAGAGAGAGAAGAGAGAAAUUUGUUUAGUACCUCCAUGGAGUGGACGACCAGAGAGGUGUGCCACAGCCUCUGCAGUGGGAGCAAGUGAAAGCACACAGGUGAGCAGCACACAUGCGGAGUGUUCGAUCAUACAUCACCUGCAGAAACAAGAGAAUGAGUGCAUGCUAGAGAUGAAUAAACACAGAGGACAGCAUCCUUCCUCAUCCAAUAGGACUGCAGGCUGUGCAAUAGAGUGGGACGGAGUUAGCUGCUGGCCGUGGGCUCUUGUCGGGGAGACCGUCUCCGCUUCCUGCCCCCUCCCUCUGCAGCACCACAAUCUCCCACACGUCCUCAUCUGGAGGAACUGCACCAGUCAGGGCUGGAGCAAACCCAGCGUGUCCUACUACAGAGCCUGCUUUCACGACGAGAGCAGCAUCCAAGAGGACGACACAGCAGACCAGCAGGAGUACUUUGCCCUGGUGAAGCUGAUGUACUCUGUUGGGUAUGGAGUGUCUUUGGGCUCGCUGUGUGUGGCUGUGCUCAUCUUCCUCACCUUCAGGAGACUCCUGUGCACUCGCACCUACAUCCACCUGAACCUGUUCUCCACCUUCAUCCUGCGUGGAGUGGCUGUGUUUGUGAAGGAUGCAGUUCUGUUUGAGGACAAGACACUGGACCACUGUACUGUCUCCACGGUGGGGUGCAAGGCGGCGGUGACAUUCUUCCAGUACUGUGUCCUGGCCAACUUCUUCUGGCUGCUUGUGGAAGGCUUGUUUCUACAGACCCUCCUGAUCUUCUCUUUUGCCAACAAGAGAACAUUCUUCUGGUGGUAUACCUUCAUAGGAUGGGGAACGCCCUCAGUAACAAUUGUGAUUUGGACCUUGCUUCAAAGUCAGUACAACAAUUUGGGGUGCUGGGAUGAUUUGGACAGCGCCCUCUGGUGGAUCAUUAAAACACCCAUCCUGAUAUCUGUGUUUGUGAACUUCAUAGUGUUUGUGAACAUCAGUAGGAUCAUAGUGAUGAAGACCAAGACACCUGACUCUUCUGGGGGAGACAAGCCGCUCUGCAGGCGACUCGCAAAAUCGACGCUGCUGCUGAUCCCGUUGUUUGGUGUGCACUACAUCGUGUUCGCCCUUUUUCCCGAGCAUGUGGGGAUAAAGGCUCGGCUUCUCUUUGAACUUGUUCUUGGCUCUUUCCAGGGCUUCAUUGUGGCACUGUUAUACUGCUUCCUGAAUGCUGAGGUACAAAAUGAAAUAAGAAAGGCGGUCAGCAGGUGUCGGACACAGACUGAGGGCAACAACUUCAACAUGGUGGUGACUCAAGACUUCACAGCCUGAGCCAGAGAUGUCAUGUGGUGAUGCACAUCUCAAGUACAACCAUAAGUAGUUUAGCAAAAACACUUGUUGGACAGGGUCUGGUUCAGGGUCAUCAUGUCUGAAGCUGAAAAUACUUAAAAUAACUUAAAAUGUAUUUGACUGUUAUUGAUGUUCAAAGCGCAACUCUAUUUAUUGGUAAGUGUCUUUACACCAGUGUAGUUAUUAUGACGGCCGCGCAAGCAAAGCACACACCCACACACAUACUCAUGCACAUGCACACACACAGGCACCCACACACUCACACG